ACCAAAAACUGAAAUUUUAAUUUAAGGCUUUUACGGGUUUUGUGGUGGGUGGGUCCUUCUUUAUAUUUUUUUUAAAAGCCACCGACCUCCCCACUCAUUACUCCCUUGACAUUUAACUGACAAAUCACAUGCUUAUGCAUUGGGACCCAAAAAAUGGGAAAAUGAUCACCUGCUUGCCUGUAUUGGGAAAAUCGAUUUUUACUUACAAUCCAACCACCCCACAACCACAAAAAAAAAAAAAAAAAGGAAAAAGUUUUGCUUACCCAAAGAUGCUGUCGGCAUAUCAAGUAUUGACUCAGCACAAGUUCUUCCUCAACUCUCUCUAAGCUUUCAUCCAGAAACUGUCCAACAAUGGCUUCCUCUACCCAAAAACCCUCUUCUUCUUCUUCUGCCUCAGUCCGUAAAUAUGAGUUCGAAGUGUUCUUGAGUUUUAGAGGUGAAGACACCCGCAACAAUUUUACGGAUCAUUUAUUCGUAAAUUUGGGUCGGAUGGGGAUUAAGACUUUUAGAGACGAUCAACUUGAAAGAGGAGAGGAGAUCAAAUCAGAACUUUUGAAAACUAUUGAAGAAUCAAGAAUUUCCGUAGUUGUGUUCUCAAAAACCUAUGCUCAUUCCAAGUGGUGUUUGGAUGAGUUAGCGAAGAUCAUGGAGUGCAGGGAAGAAAUGGAACAAAUGGUCUUUCCGGUGUUCUAUCACGUGGAUCCUUGUGAUGUGCGAAAGCAAACAGGGAGCUUCGGAGAGGCAUUUUCCAUUCAUGAAAGAAAUGUAGAUGCGAAAAAGGUGCAAAGGUGGAGGGAUUCCUUGACUGAAGCAAGCAAUAUAAGCGGUUUCCAUGUGAAUGAUGGGUAUGAGUCAAAGCAUAUUAAGGAAAUUAUUAACCAGAUUUUUAAAAGAUCAAUGAAUUCUAAGCUUUUGCACAUUAACGAUGAUAUAGUUGGGAUGGAUUUUCGCCUAAAAGAACUAAAGUCAUUGUUAAGUAGUGACUUGAAUGACACUCGUGUGGUUGGGAUCUAUGGAACUGGUGGAAUUGGUAAAACUACCAUUGCCAAGAUUGUUUAUAAUGAGAUCCAAUAUCAAUUCACUGGUGCUAGCUUUCUUCAAGAUGUCAGAGAGACAUUCAACAAGGGUUGUCAACUUCAACUACAACAACAACUUCUUCAUGAUACAGUGGGGAAUGAUGAAGAGUUUAGCAAUAUCAAUAAAGGAAUCAAUAUAAUAAAGGACAGACUUGGCUCAAAAAAGGUUCUUAUUGUAAUUGAUGAUGUGGAUCGGUUGCAACAAUUAGAGUCAGUGGCUGGAAGUCCUAAAUGGUUUGGUCCAGGAAGUACAAUUAUCAUUACAACUAGAAACCAACAUCUGUUGGUUGAGUAUGGAGUGACUAUAUCACAUAAGGCUACAGAAUUACAUUAUGAGGAAGCUCUUCAACUCUUCAGCCAACAUGCCUUUAAACAAAAUGUUCCUAAAGAAGAUUAUGUAGACCUCUCAAAUUGCAUGGUACAAUAUGCUCAAGGUCUCCCUUUAGCCCUUAAAGUUCUAGGUUCUUCUCUUCAGGGCAUGACAAUAGAUGAAUGGAAAAGCGCAUCGGAUAAAUUGAAAAAAAACCCUAUGAAGGAAAUUAAUGAUGCGCUUAGAAUAAGUUUUGAUGGGCUUGAUCCUUCUCAAAAGGAGGUUUUCCUGGACAUUGCGUGUUUUUUCAAAGGUGAAUGCAAAGAUUUUGUGUCAAGAAUAUUAGAUGGUUGCAAUUUAUUUGUAACAUGCAACAUAAGAGUUCUUUGUGAUAGAUGUCUAGUAACUAUCUUAAACAACGUCAUACAAAUGCAUGACUUGAUACAAGAAAUGGGUUGGGCAAUUAUUCGUGAAGAAUGUCUUGGAGACCCCUGCAAAUGGAGUAGAUUGUGGGAUGUAGAUGAUAUUUAUGAUGCAUUUUCUAAACAAGAGGAGAUGCAAAAUAUUCAAACCAUAUCUUUGGACUUGUCUAGAUCAAGAGAAAUACAAUUCAAUACAAAAGUGUUUUCCAAGAUGAAGAAACUUAGGUUGCUUAAAAUCUAUUGCAAUGAUCAUGAUGGUUUGACGAGAGAGGAGUAUAAAGUGCUUCUUCCUAAAGACUUUCAAUUUCCUCAUGAUUUGAGAUAUCUUCAUUGGCAAAGAUGCACUUUGACGUCUUUACCUUGGAACUUUAAUGGAAAGCACCUGAUUGAAAUCAACUUGAAGUCUAGCAACGUAAAACAACUUUGGAAAGGGAAUAGGCGUCUUGAAGAAUUAAAGGGCAUUGAUCUAAGUAACUCAAAACAAUUGGUCAAAAUGCCAAAAUUCUCAAGCAUGUCGAAUUUGGAGAGACUGAAUCUUGAAGGUUGUAUAAGCUUGCGUGAACUUCAUCCAUCUAUUGGCGAUCUCAAAAGUUUGACUUACUUGAAUUUAGGAGGAUGUGAACAGCUCCGAAGUUUCCUAUCCAGCAUGAAGUUUGAAUCUCUUGAAGUUCUUUAUCUUAAUUGUUGUCCAAACUUGAAGAAGUUUCCUGAGAUCCAUGGGAAUAUGGAAUGUUUGAAGGAGCUUUAUUUAAACAAGAGUGGGAUCCAAGCACUACCAAGUAGCAUUGUGUAUUUAGCAUCUCUUGAAGUCCUUAAUCUCUCAUAUUGUUCAAAUUUCAAGAAAUUUCCUGAGAUCCAUGGGAAUAUGGAAUGUUUGAAGGAGCUUUAUUUCAACAGGAGUGGGAUCCAAGAACUACCAAGUAGCAUUGUGUAUUUAGCAUCUCUUGAAGUCCUUAAUCUCUCAGAUUGUUCAAAUUUCGAGAAAUUUCCUGAGAUCCAUGGGAAUAUGAAAUUUUUGAGGGAGCUUUAUUUAGAAAGAUGUUCAAAGUUUGAGAAAUUUCCGGAUACAUUUACCUAUAUGGGACAUUUAAGGGGGCUUCAUUUACGUGAGAGUGGUAUUAAAGAACUCCCAAGCAGCAUUGGGUAUUUGGAAUCUCUUGAAAUUCUUGACCUCUCAUGUUGCUCCAAAUUUGAGAAAUUCCCAGAGAUCCAAGGGAAUAUGAAAUGUUUGUUGAAUCUUUUUUUAGAUGAGACUGCUAUUAAGGAACUCCCAAAUAGCAUUGGGUCCUUAACCUCUCUUGAAAUGCUUUCUCUUAGAGAAUGUUCAAAGUUUGAGAAAUUUUCAGAUGUAUUUACCAAUAUGGGGCGUUUAAGGGAGCUAUGUCUAUAUGGGAGUGGUAUUAAGGAACUCCCAGGCAGCAUUGGGUAUUUGGAAUCUCUUGAAGAACUUAACCUCAGAUAUUGCUCAAACUUUGAGAAAUUUCCAGAGAUCCAAGGGAAUAUGAAAUGCUUGAAGAUGCUUUGUUUAGAGGAUACUGCUAUUAAGGAACUCCCAAAUGGCAUUGGGCGCUUGCAGGCCCUUGAAAUUCUUGAUCUCAGUGGUUGCUCAAAUCUUGAGAGGUUUCCUGAGAUUCAAAAAAAUAUGGGGAAUCUAUGGGGUCUUUUUCUAGAUGAGACUGCUAUUAGAGGAUUACCCUACUCAGUAGGUCAUCUCACCAGACUUGAACGCUUAGAUUUGGAAAAUUGUAGAAACUUGAAAAGUCUUCCAAACAGUAUAUGUGGGUUGAAAUCCCUCAAAGGCCUCUCUCUCAAUGGUUGUUCAAAUCUAGAGGCUUUUUUAGAGAUCACGGAGGAUAUGGAACAAUUAGAAGAGGCUUUUUCAGAGAUCACGGAGGAUAUGGAACAAUUAGAACGCCUUUUUUUACGUGAGACGGGUAUCUCAGAGCUGCCAUCAUCAAUCGAACAUAUGAGAGGUCUUAAAUCCUUGGAAUUGAUCAAUUGUGAGAACCUUGUGGCUCUUCCCAAUAGCAUCGGUAAUUUGACAUGUCUUACUAGUCUUCAUGUUCGUAACUGUCCAAAGCUCCACAACUUGCCUGACAAUUUGAGAAGCCUGCAAUGUUGCUUAACAAUGCUAGAUCUAGGUGGUUGCAAUCUGAUGGAAGAAGAAAUCCCCAAUGAUUUAUGGUGUCUAUCCUCACUGGAAUUUUUAAACGUAAGUGAAAACCAUAUGCGUUGCAUACCUGCUGGCAUCACUCAACUUUGUAAGCUUGGUACCCUUCUCAUGAAUCAUUGUCCGAUGCUUGAAGUAAUUGGAGAGCUUCCAUCAAGUCUAGGGUGGAUAGAGGCACAUGGUUGUCCAUCCCUGGAAACUGAAACUUCUUCAAGUCUACUCUGGUCUUCUUUGCUCAAACACUUGAAAUCACCAAUUCAGCGGAGACUUAAUAUUAUCAUUCCAGGAAGUAGUGGAAUACCAGAAUGGGUAAGUCAUCAAAGAAUGGGAUGUGAAGUAAGUGUAGAACUUCCAAUGAAUUGGUAUGAAGAUAAUAACUUGUUAUUAGGAUUUGUUUUAUUCUUCCAUCAUGUUCCCCUUGAUGAUGAUGAAUGCGUGAGAACAUCUGGUUUUAUUCCAGAAUGUAAAUUGGCGAUAUCCCAUGGUGAUCAAACUGAACGACUGGAUAAUAUUAGUUUUUAUCAUCGUUGUAAAACAUACUCUAUUAGCGGUUUAUCAUAUAGCAGCAGACGCUACGACAGUGGUAGCACAUCAGAUCCAGCACUGUGGGUGACGUAUUUCCCUCAAAUUCGCAUUCCAAGCAAGUAUCGAUCCAGAAAGUGGAACAACUUCAAGGCUCACUUUGACAAUCCUGUUGGUAAUGCCUCUUUUACAUGUGGCGAAAACGCAUCCUUUAAAGUGAAAAGUUGUGGGAUACAUCUCAUAUACGCCCAAGAUCAGAAGCAUUGGCCUCAGCCGUCGAGAAAAAGGCCUGCUAAUAGAGAAGAUCACUCACCCAAGAAAAAAAACCUCUAGUUUCCAAAGCAUCAAGGGUUUCUUUAACCUCUAGCAAGGUUGCGCAUGGAAGCAUGACUAACUAUUGGUUCUGGAAUUGGAAGGGUGGUAGAGAUGUAGUAUUGAACCAGAAUGAGAACGCCAUAAAAGACUCUUUGUUUGGAUUGUGGAUUUUAAUUUAUAUGUUUUUAAGCAUGUAUAAUUUGAAUUAGUAAUUUUAAUUUGUAUGUUUUUAAGCAUGAAUAA